AUGCGCACAGCAACAUUACUACUCCACUUGUGGUUUGAAAAUACACAUCACUUCCUCAUAUUUGUGGUACUUGUUGUAGAUGACAAGAAAUCAAAUGUGACUCAGAAUGUUGAUGCUGCUAACGAGAAAUUGGAUGCCUGGACAUCCCAUAAGACUGAAAUAGGAGUUGUAUACUAUUAUAAUGCCUUGACAGGAGAAUCAACAUAUGAUAAACCUGCUGGCUUUAAAGGCGAGCCUCACCAAAUUGCUGUGCAGCCAACUCCAGUUUCAAUGGUGGAUAUACCGGGUACAGAUUGGAUGUUGGUCUCCACUAGUGAUGGGAAGAAAAAUUACUACAACAAACAAACCAAGACAAGCUGCUGGGAAGUUCCAAAUGAGGUAGCUGAAUUGAAAAAGCAGGAUGGUGAUGUCACAAAAGAUCAUUCAAUGUCAGUUCCAAAUACUAAUGUAUUGUCUGGUAGAGGGUCUGGAAUGGUUACUCUGAAUACUCCUGCUAUUAAUACUGGUGGUCGUGAUGCUGCAGCUCUUAAACCCUCUAGUGUUCAGAGCUCACCAUCGGCACUGGAUUUGAUCAAGAAGAAGCUGCAGGAGUCUGGAAUGCCUGUUGCUUCCUCUGCUGUUCCUGUCUCACCAGUACAAACAGGAUCUGAAACAAAUGGUUCCAAAGCAGCUGAAUCUGCAGCAAAGGGCCAGGAUAAGUUGAGGGAUAGAGAACGGGAGCUUUGGAAAAGGAAGCAAACUAAGGAGCAGGAAAUGGAAAGGGUGCGGGUGAAAAUCCAAAGAAAGGAGGCAAUCACUUCUUUUCAACCUUUACUUGUGGAGACAAUCAAAGACUCUUUGCACAUGCAGUACUUUAUAUUGCACACUAAUGUCAGGGAUCUCGUGAAGCGUCUUUUGAAAUCUGAUCCAAGAUAUAACAAAGUUCCAAGGAAAGACAGGGAACCCUUGUGGCGCCGAGAUGUGCAGCGGCGGCAAAAGUCAUCCCAGGAAGAGAAAAACACAGAUACUAAGGGUAGAAACACAUUAGAAUCUAUUAAACUUGCGUUGGAAGCUGGGAGAUCCCACGAGAGAAGAUGA